ACUGACCAAUAUGUUCUCUUUAUUCACAACAAAUAUGGCUGUCUUACACAGCAAGAUCUGCGUUAAAGAGAUUAUUACUGUCAAAGUACGUUUUUGAUGUCGGCAUUGAUUAGGACUUUCAAGAAGGCUUGAUCGGUAUGCUGUAGGAUUGUAUGCCUGUGACAGAGAGUUGCACAGUAAGGCUGCCUCACAUCAAGAAUUGCUCAGUGACAUUGUCGAGGCUUUCUGUGAUAAAGAAAAGUUGCUCAGUAAGUCUGUCAAGAUUUCUUUUGACAGGCAAAUGGUGCUCAGUAAGACUGUGUAGGCUACCUGUGACAAAGAACUGCUCAGUAAAAAUAUCUAGGCUGCAUGUGACGCAGAAGAGUUGCUCGCUAAGAUUUUCUAGGCUGUUGAUGGCAACCAUUGCCCAGAAGUUGGGCGAACAGAGUAACAACCCUGGGGCCAUGGGCGUACCCCAGGGAGAGGAUACAGAUGAGCCGACCGAUCCCCGUGAAAAGCCUCAGGACAUGGGUGGGGAAGCCGUUGGUGGUAAACCUGAACAAGACCAGGAGCCACCUCCACAAGAGCCUUCGCUUACAUCCUCCUCCCCAGGAAAUCGGCUGCAGAGAAAAAGAGUCCCUAAUCCCAAAUAUCAGACAGAACCAGACACAACCAUCUCUGACCUGCAAUGUCCGGACUCAGUGGAAAAGCAGAGGAAGAAGAGGGGCCCGAGAAAGUCAGCUGUUUCUAGCGCAGAAACUCACGAGGGGGAUCCUGUCAAAAUGACACCAACUCGGAAAACCCCCAAAAAGACUCCUGCCAAAUCGACUCCUGCCAAAAAGACACCUCUCCGAAAGACACCUCCCAAAAAGUCUCUACAGAAAAAGGCAGUGGUCUUGUCCAUAGAUGGCGAACAGGAGCUUAUCAAACAGACUCCUAUCAUAAAGACCCCUGCCAAGAAGUCACAACAGGAAGCACCACAGGAGCCUUCUCUUGCAGUCCCAGACCACAUGGAAACCCCAGAGAAUUUUGAAACCACACCUGGCGGUAGACCCAAACGAAGGGCAGCGAAAGUUGCAUUGCAAUACCUUCACAACCUGGCCAAGGAGGUUUACAACCAACCUGACAAUGCUACGAAGAACGACUGGAUGUCUAGCCCAGUCCCCAGCCCGAGCUCCACACGACCCCAGAAACCAACCAGGGGCAAGAAGAGGAAGACUUGUGGUUUUGAUAGUGACAACACCACAGACGACAAGGACUUUAUUCCAGACAAACCCGACGAUGAGGAGGAAAGUGACGAUGAAGAUCAUCGAGAUGACAUGGAUCUGGAAAAUGACGUGAAGUACACCAUACCGAAAGACCUUCGAUCCAGACGCAUUUCCAGAGGCCUUUCAAAUCAGAUCCGAUACUAUGGUAACGCCUCCAAUGGACUGUCCAACAGCAUAAUGGGACCCAUAUGGAGUUGCACGGAAACCACCAAGAAGUUCCGGGAUGAAUACUGCAACAAAUGGGUCUUUCCUGAGUGGAUACCUUCAGAGAAGGACUGGCGUUGCAUUUCAAACAGUAAUGCUGAGAAGUACCUGCCUCAGGAGAUGGUGUCCCCAGCCUUUACCUGUUCCAGAGAGGGAAUCAAGGAGCACGCCCCCCUGCACAGAAUGAAGCGGUUUGAGGGGCUGCCCCCCGAUCCCAAACGCUGGGACAUGAUGUUUUAUACCGGCGGUCCAGUAUGGGCCAUGGACUGGUGCCCCACGCCUGAUGGUGCCCCGGCCAACCAGUACGCUGCCAUCUACAGCCACAAGGACUUGGACCACCAGCACAGGAUAAACAAGUUGUACACAGAACCUGGACUCAUCCAGAUCUGGAACCUGGGACAACUCCAGUACAACACCAGCCCUCCCUCCCCUCCUGGCCUGGCGUACGGCAUUGCUCAGGACAAAGGCUUCGUUUGGAACCUCAAGUGGUGCCCUGGAGGAGCAUGGGAGCUGCCUACCACCAACAGGAAGGCUCCUCACAUGCCCAGACUCGGUCUCCUGGCUGCGUCCUCAUCUGACGGCCACAUCAGCAUCUACAGCCUGCCCCACCCCGACGCAGUGCUGGCCCGCGGGAAGCCCACGGCUACAGGUGGAGCCAGCCCUGCAAUGAUGAUCUACCAGGUUCAGGCGGUAAUCACUCUGAAGAGGGGCUCCUUCAAGGCUAACCAUGAUGAAAAGGCUACUCAGGUCCUCUCCAUGGACUGGCUGCCUGUGAAACCUCACAACAUCCUGGCUGCUGGCUUCUACGACGGCACGGUGGUGCUGUGGGACCUGUCCAGCCGGUCUGCUCUACAGCGGGUGCGCGAUCCCGACCGCUCCCACACCCUCUUCCCAUACCACUGCUUCAUGGCCCACGACAACGGCGCCCGCGCUCUCAGCUUCUGCCACGCGUCCAGAGACCUGAUGGUGACCGCGGGCGACGACAGAAUGGUGAAGAUGUGGGACCUGAGGAGGACCUGGGAGCCCUGUCAGUCCUUCAAGCGUUUCCUCUCCACUGAGGCAGCUUGGCCUCUCCACUGGGCUGGGGUCUUUGUCUCACAGGAGAGCACCUAUGGCACGUUUGGCCAACAUGGACUCAAUUACUUUGACUCAGGGUACCUUGGCUUCAAGCCACUUUUUCUGGUGCCUCGGAAAGGUACAAUGUGGAGCUUGUCCAUCUCUGAUUGGCUGAACACUGCUGUGACUUCAGACUCGCUGGGAGAUGUGAUAAUGGUACUGCUACCUAACCUUUUCAACAACCCCUGCUACCUCAAACGAUCCAUCGACCGCAGAUUUCCUCUUUUCCGAACCGAAAUGGUCCUAUUGAAUGAAGACGUUGAGGAUAAGGCAGGCGAAGGUACAGAGGAGGGCAGUGGAUCCACUGGAAUCGGCUCGGCCCAUACCUCCCUGACCUACAGGGAGACCGCCACGAAGUACUACUUACAUUACCACGACAUGGACAUGACAACCUUUAAGAAUGUCCAGAACCGAGCGCCUUGGAAACACAUGCAGGCUUCAGAGGUCAAGGGAGGAUUAGAUCUGGACCUGAUGCCUUUGGCUUCAAUUAAUAAGAUCCGAAUGAACCCCAACUUGUGUGCCCAGAGCUGGGUGUUGUCUGGGGGCCAGGCGGGCUUGGUGAGAGCCCACUGCCUCAGCGCAAUGAACAGCUCCCACAUUAAUAAGAUGGUGCAGGACAGCCAGGCCCAGUUCAACGCCAUGUUCAUGCAAAACACAGCCGACAGCCAGGGAGACGCCAGUGCCGUCAGGCACACCACAGAGAAGCUAUAGGACUACUCUCCGGAAGGCCCGCUCCCUGUAGCUCAGUAUACCACCAGGUGUUCUGUUCCUUCCUUCUUAAUUCCUAGAGACUAAUAUUAGUGCAUCAUUUUAACAUGGGAUAUAUAUACAACUUGCACAUCAAAAGGAGAUUUGCAUGGAUUUUGAGGUAGGAUCUAGCCCUGAAGGAAAUUGAUUGGCUGCUUGUUUGGACAGUGAACACAUUGUGUUUUUAUCUUUUGCGAGACCACAAUGUUUUUAUAUUUAACUUAUUUUGAGAAGGGGAAAAAAUGCUAUUUUGCUUGAAGUUACAAAUGUUUUUAUCUUUAUUUUUAUAUACACAUUUCAGUGUGAGUAUAUUGUAAACUGAGAACUCACUUGAAGGUUCCUAUAGAACCCAUAUUCAGCAUCAUUGCAAAGCUAUAGCCCGUUGGGUUUUUUCUCUUCACUCAUUCUGCUAAUCUUCUGCCUUUCUUUCCACCAUUAUUUUUCUGUGUUACAAUUUCAGGUCUAUGCCUUUUAUAUGUUAGGUAUGAACUUUGUUUUGUAUUUAUUUGUUUAUGUUUAAAUGAGUUUGUUAAUGUCCUUUGAUUAAAAAAGUAUUUUCAGUGUUUUCUUGUUCUCAGUGUCCCUCCAUCUAAAGCUCUUGGCGGCACUAGGGAUCUGGGCUAAGUCCAAGGGACGUAUUUCGGUGGCAGUCCCCUUACCCCCAGCUGGUCCUUCAGGCACAUAGUCAUUUUUUAAAACAAUCCAUUAUUCAGCUCUGACUCAGUCAGUAAUUUGUGUUAUUAGCGUUGUACAAAUUCAUGAAUGGAAACCGCACU